AGUUGGAAGUCGACUGUUGUCGGGAUCGGUCGUUACCGGCCUCUUGCCUUGUGCCGAGUGCUAAGAACGACGAAAGAAAAGCUCAGCUUUUAAUUUCGAGUUUUUAGUUCACUCUGCAUUUGUGAUAACCUGGUCUCUUUGUGUGUUAUCUAAGUGUACUAGGCUUAUUUUUAUAAUAAUGUAUAUACGCGUUCUUCUGUUUUCUCGUUAACAAAUUCAACCAAAAUUUAUUUUAUAUCUUGUGUAAAAAGGACAAGAAUAACAUUGUGGUCUCUUGUAUUUCUUAGAAUUUUAAUUAAGAAAUCUGUGACGAAAUUGAAUGUUUAUUAUUAACUACGUCUAGUACACCAUUUCGUCUUCAGUAUUUACGCUUACAAAGAGAGUUGGAGGUUAGUAGCAGCCAUGAAGCUUGGUGUGGGCAUCGACACAAAGCCCGACGUUGCAGACGAAAACCAGAGGCUGGAGGAAAUCAACGAGAGUGUGACGGAGAGGAUGACUGGUGUCAAGGGUGAUAAUGGUAACAAAGGUAACAAAGGGGAGGAGCAGCAAAAUGAAGACUGUACCCAGGAGAGCAAGAGUGGUGUCUAUCCAUUGCUGCUCUCAUACGAUGAUGCUCCGAGCUACCUCAAGUUUAAUCCUUAUAUCCACUCCGGAUAUCGGGGCUUCCUCACCACCAAGAUGUGUCUGGAGAGCAUGUUCUGGUGGACUAAUGAGACGGUCAACAUAUGGAGUCACGUCUUUGGCUGGAUGUUGUUCAUGGGGUUAACACUGUAUGAUCUUGUUCUGCUCAACAUCCAUGCAUCAUUUGCAGACAAAUUCAUUGUUGGUGUGCUGCUGGUUUGCUUCCAGAUAUGCAUGAUUUUAUCUUCUUUGUAUCACACGUUCUCUUGCUGCUCCGAGAGGGCAUUCACGUGCUUCCUGUCAUUUGACUUAUUUGGUAUUGCGCUGAGUCUGCUAGCAAUCUACAUGUCUGGAAUAUACUAUGCAUUCUGGUGUGAGAAAGAGUGGCAGAUGUUCUAUCUGGUUACAAUAUUCGUCAUCUUUGCAUUUGCUAUGGUGCUGCAAAUUCCAAAGUUAAAAGUUGAUGCUAACACGAAGCUCAUCGUAUUCCUGGCUUGGGCUCUUUAUGGUGUUGUUCCAACGUUCCACUGGACUGUCAUCAUGGGAGGCUUGGGAAAUGGUGUAGUUCAGCUCCUCUUACCGCGAGUCUUGGGGAUGUACGCCAUCAGUGGACUGGCAUUCCUAAUCUACAUCUCUAAAUUUCCAGAAAGGUUUUGGUCAGGUCGGGUUGACUACCUUGGGUCCUCACACCAGUGGUGGCAUCUUUUUGUAGUACUUGCGCUGUACUACUGGCAUAACACGGGCAUCAAAUAUGUAGAAUUCAGGAUGAACCACGGCUGUGCAAGUAACAUGCGACUAUGAGAGUAUCGGCCGAUUAGGUUUUUACGUAAUUUUGCCUGUUGAACCAUUCUUCCAUUUCCUGUGUAAGGACAAGGGGGGAGAGAGUCCAGAUGUUGGUUGUUAAAUUAUGAGUUACGGCUGCUGUGAUGGAUCUAAGUUGGAUGAAUUUCAUAUCAGUUAUGAAAGUCUUUUAUUAUUUAUUUUAUUUUUGCCUUUAUAGUUUUACGAUUAAAGGACUUCGUGAGGCCAUAUUAUUGGCACGAAACAAAAAGUUGUAAUGUUAAUUAAGACUUUAAAAAAGCAUGAUGGAGCAUUAUAAGAAAAAGCUAUAUUCAUGCAAUAUCAUUUUAAGUAUAGCUCAUGCUUUUUUGAUAGUGUUUGGUACGGUAUCACAUUCAUGCUCACUUGUUAUGCGAAAAUGUAUUUGUGCUGCACCAGUGUGUGGAUACUGGUCGUGUUAUUGUAAUACUGAAUGUUGUAAGUGUUUAUCGGGUCCAGCAGUUUGUGAGGCUGUGCAUUAUUGGAUUUGUUCUUUUCCCUGUUUGUUGAGUGGAUUAAGAUGUUUGAUGCAGGAUCGAAAUGAAUGUUUGGAGUACAGUGGCAGCAGAAACCUUAAGAAACAAUCAUAUGGUGUUUGGAAACUUGUACGCUCAGCAACCAGAGCAGCUAGUUUCUCUGCUUUCAUAUAAUUACUUUUAUGAAAUUUGUCCAAAGAGAAUAUUGGGGGGAGUAAGAUCCAUAAUAACAAUCCAUUACCACAACAUUUUAAAUUUUGACAAUGGAAGGACAUUGUUAUUGGUGCCUUGUAUCAAAUUAUGGUUAGCAACAAAACAGUGUGGUUGUUGAGUCCGAGCGAUAUUAAAAAAACUGAAAAACAAGAAAUGGCAUGAAAAUGAAUUUCUUAUGACCUUAAAAUUUUACAAAGUUAAUUUUUGGCCAAAAUUUUAGAACAAUUUUAAGGAAAUCGAUGGAACUAGAAUAAAUAUGUGUUUUGGCUACUAGUUAAGGCAAAGUCCUUAACUUUUACUAUGACAGCAAAAGUUUAUUAUAUCAUAGAUUUAACAAAUAAUUAUAAAUACAAUAAUAGCUAAACUUGAAUCAUCACAAAGCUUGAGCCAGGUAAAUUGCAGCUGUCAGUAGAAAAAUACUAUAGCUGCCUGCAUGUCUUCCAGUGAUGUAAAUCAUUUAGACUUUCAUUUUAACGCUUGUUGCUCGGUUAGCUAUGAGAUUUGGCAGCGUGAGUGGAUCUCUGUGCUGUGUGUCUGUAUGGUUGGGCAAAAUACUAAAUUACCUAUUUUCUAUAAUGUUCUUCUGUCAGGACACACUGGUAGUUCCUGAUGCACGUAUUUCGUAAAACAAUUACGUAGAAUGUAACCUACAGUGACAUGUCUGUAUGUUUUAUUUCAAUAUAGCGGAACCCUCUUGUGGUGGAACUGUAUUGUUAUAUGAGACUGAAUUUUAUAUUUUUACUCAUACGUUGUAGAUAAUAUAAUAACCAAAUUUCCUAGAUUGA